GGGCAGAGCCAGGGAAGAGGAGACAGGAGAGAGAAGAAAGAGAGAGGAGGGAAGGAGAUAAUUUGGCGAGGGCGCCAAGCCGAUAUUUCCGUCCGUCCGUCCCGCCAUCGGCGCCAUCGGCGAUUGCGGGAGGACUCUUGAUGAUUCGUAGAGGCAGCGGGAAAUCUGUGCCACGGUGUGGCAUUUUUGUCUUUUCUGCUUCUCCCCUCCCCUUUGGCGCGUGUCGACCAUAUUGGACAGAGGAACGCGCGCGGGAAUUCAGCGUCGGUGUUGGCAUCACCAGUUCCAAUUCCAAUUGUUCGUACGAGCGGGCAAGGAGGAGGAGGAGGAGGAGGAGGAGAGAGCGGAGGGGGUCUCGAUUCUCUUUAGUAUCUCUCCCCAUCGCAUUGUAGCUUGGCGUAGCCGGUGUCUGUAGAAGUGUGCUCAGAGAGCAAAGCGGCAAUGGCGCAAGGUGGAGCUGUAGCCAUGAUGGAGGCGUUUUGCCCCGCGGGGGGGCUGGCAGGAGUGGCGGGGCUCGGUGGCAGUGCGCUCGUGACUCGUCCUCGAGGAGGAGGAGGAGGAGUAGGAGGUAUGGCGGCUGCGCGCGCGUGCUAUCCGCUGACGUCUUCGGUGUCGCGAUGCCGACUCUCGCCCCGUCGAACGACGUCGUCGUCGUCAUCUCCAUUGCCCGCCUCCGCUUCUGUGGCGGCUCUUACCCCCUCCUCCCCCUCCGCAUCCCGCAAGGCGGCUUCCGCCUCACAUGAAUGGUUGUUGUUCGGAUGCGCGGGGGAGCGCAAUGCGGGUAGCGCUUUCCGGCGAUUCGCAUUGUCGCCGCUCUCGCAUCGAGUGCACGGCCGGAAGUAUGGCGGGAUUGCGCUCGGAGGUGGGGGAUUAGUCCGCGCUAGCAUUGCGGAUGCCACGUCGGCGCCGACGCCGGGCGCGGGAGAGCCAACCAAACCCACCCCGGCAACCAGCGCUGCCCCCGUGGUCGCGACGCCGACAACAGCGCCACCUCCGCCGUGGCAGGGCGCAUCGAUGAAGCCGCUAAUUGCGUCCAUCUUGACGGGAGUGAUAGUGUGGAUGAUCCCCGCGCCUGCGGGUGUGGCGCGCAAUGCCUGGCAAUUAUUGGCCAUUUUCCUGGCCACCAUCGUCGGCAUUAUCACGCAGCCGCUGCCCCUCGGUGCCGUUGCGCUGAUGGGACUCGGAGCCUCGGUAUUGACGAGAACGCUCUCUUUCGCCGCCGCUUUCAGCGCUUUCGGUGAUCCGAUCCCAUGGCUCAUUGCGCUUGCCUUCUUCUUUGCCCGUGGAUUUAUCAAAACAGGACUAGGGAAUAGAGUGGCCUAUAAGUUCGUCUCGAUGUUCGGGAAGACGACGCUCGGGUUGAGUUACAGUCUCGUAUUUUCAGAAGCAUUCCUGGCACCCGCCAUACCCUCAGUGUCAGCGAGAGCGGGCGGCAUUUUCCUGCCGCUGGUGAAAGCGCUGUGUUUGGCAAGCGGAAGUAGAGUAGGAGAUGGGACGGAGAGAAAAUUGGGGGCAUAUCUGAUGCUUACAUGCUUCCAGACAUCGGUUAUCUCGUCGGCUAUGUUCUUAACUGGAAUGGCCGCUAAUCCGCUGUCAGUGAAUCUCGCUGCGGGUGCGAUAGGCCACGCGAUCAGCUGGACGGAGUGGGCAAUGGCGGGGCUGGUGCCUGGUCUCAUCGGGUUGUUGGUAAUCCCCUCGUUUCUGUAUGUUAUCUAUCCGCCUGAGAUCAAGGCUUCCCCAGAUGCACCCAGAUUGGCGCAGGAGAAUUUGAAGAAAAUGGGCCCCAUGACCCGCGAGGAGAAGAUUAUGGCCGCCACGCUAGUCUGCACGGUUGGACUCUGGAUUUUUGGAUCUUCAAUCAAGGUGGACGCUGUCACCGCAGCAAUUGCCGGCCUGUCUGUGUUGUUGGUCACAGGCGUUGUGACAUGGAAGGAGUGCCUCGGGGAGGGCGUUGCAUGGGACACAUUGACCUGGUUCGCUGCUUUGAUUGCCAUGGCCAAUUACUUGAAUAAGUACGGGUUGAUUGCGUGGUUCAGCCAGAGCGUUGUGAAGGUUGUUGGAGGUUUGGGCCUCCCUUGGCAGCCAGCUUUUGGGAUUCUUGUGCUGCUGUAUUUCUAUUCACAUUACUUUUUUGCCAGCGGUGCUGCGCACAUUGGUGCAAUGUUUACUGCCUUCCUCAGUGUUGCGACUGCACUUGGAACACCACCACUAUUUGGCGCAUUGGUACUCUGCUUCGUUUCAAAUUUGAUGGGAGGGCUCACUCACUACGGCAUUGGAUCGGCACCUGUAUUCUAUGGUGCGGGGUAUGUGCCGCUCUCAAAGUGGUGGACGUAUGGGUUUAUCUGCAGUGUCCUGAAUCUUGUCAUUUGGCUUGGUGCUGGAAGCAUCUGGUGGAAUGUGCUGGGGCUGAUCAGGUAGAUAUGCCAGAGUAAAUAACUCGGGGGGGAGGGGGAGGGAGAGGGGGAGGUGGAUUCGUGAGCAAGCGGAGUCCCACCAGGCCAUCCUUGACUCAGACUCAGGAGCCUUGCGCAUAACGGGGGGGAAAGGGGUGGCAGGUUCAGGCGUCGACACUCGUUUUCGCUUGAUGUACGUAGAUUUAUUUUGUGAGGAAAAUGUAUGUGGAUUGGGUCGCAUGCUCCAGGUUGGACUGUGGUCCCCGGGGGGGGGGAGGAAACCAUUGUGGUGGAAUUUGUAGUGUGACGAUAUUCGAGAGGGCUCGUAUUACUGUACUGGUCCGUACGUAUAAUAAAAUGGGCCUAACACAGUUUUGAGCUGUACUUGCUCAUUCUAAGGACUUGGAACUUAAGAUAAGAUGAUGGUGCUGUCUAGUGCUGUCAAAGUUGAGUGGUUAAGACUCCGCAACCUUAGCUUAUGAGUAGCUGAUCUGAGAGGACGAUCAGCGACACAUUAGAGGCAUGGCCCACAUUUGCAGCAAGGCAGCAGUUGGGGGGAGAGGGAGGUUUUCGAAACGGAGGGAUGCCAUGUGGAGAGUGGACGGAGAAUCUCCUUUCACUGCGUCUCUGAAUUUGUUGACUUCCACGGAAGCCCGAUUUUGAUGAUGGGUUUUCUUAGUGUGACCUGGAUUGUGAUGUCAUUCUUACGGAGUGUGUAGGUUUUUGCUCUUGUGUGACAUAGAGGGUGACGGAUGCAGUCACCCAGUGGGUUUUCUGAGAGUCUGGCAUUACUUUACUGGUACAGGGUUGGGUUUGAAUGUUCUGUUUGAAGGAGUUGGGUUGUAAUGUCCAGUAGAGUGUCGUUUGGUAGACAUGUCUGAAGUUGUGGGCCCAGGAAAGGCAUUUGUUCUUUCGUGGGGCGUAAGCAAGUAGGACCCUUAAAAUCUGGGGAUUCUUUUCCAUUUCGAUUCGAUUGAUUUGAUCUAAUGAUCUGCUUAUGGUCGUUGUCACUCUCUUUUCUGUGAUUGCUAUCUUCCUGGAAAGGAACUUCCAAAGAAAAUCAUAUCGACAGGUAAGAUUGUGUUUCUUGGGUGAGAGAGGGGUGGGAGAGCGUCUUUUCCAUGUUUUGUUGGAGAUUAUUGGUCUGUGUGUUGACUUGUUCGCACGUGUUGUUUUAUCCAUCUCGUUUGGGAUGUGACAUCAGAUGGUUCACUCUUUUUUUUUUGUUUAAGUUUAUGCUCCUCUUCUCGUGUUGUGCGAAGACAGGAAUGCGGUUCAUGGAGGGACUUGGGAAGGUUCUGUUGUUCUUUUCUCUGCAUCUCUUCUGUCACUUGUGUGUGUUCUCUUGCUGUGGGAAGCGACCAAUUAUGCAAUGCAGUUGAAUGCAUGUGUGAGAUGUGUUGGUCUGGAGGCAUGUGUCUUCCAAGC